AUGGACCAGGGAGAAGCGGCGGGAAUAGUCAAGCAAGAGCCGAGCAAGUCUUCCAGGACCAAGCACAGUGCCCGAGCUGAUGCUGGAGGCCCUGGAGUACCAACUGAGGAAGCCCAAAGCAACGAAGGAAAAUCCACCCUGCAAGGGCCCGCCUCGCCUGCGAAAAUCGUGGCCAGACGGGUCAAAAUGCAGCGCAUGCUGGAUCUUCUGGACCCAGGCUGCCAGAUUGGUUUCGUCGAUGCAGACGCAAUCAUACCCUUGAUGUUCUGGCUCGGCUUGACCAAAAGCCGUACUGCAGCCACAGAGACUUUGAGGAUGGGGUUUGGAUCUUUGCAGAUUGAGAACGCCGGCCUGCUCACAUUGGGGGAUCAUGCAGAGGUCCAAAUGCGACUUGUGGAAGGGUUGCGGCACCUCGUGCGAAGGGACAGUGCGGAACAUAUGUGCGAGUACAUUGCAGGCAACAGCUUCCAAAGGCCACGCGCUUGGUUUAAUUCCAUGCGAGCGGACCCCAAUGGCUGCGUCGACAUCACUCAGGUUCAAAACUUAUUUGCAAGAAUGGAAGUAACUUCUGAUCGCCAGACACUUUUCCGUUUGCUGAGUUACAUGAUUGAAAACCCAUGCCCUUCAAUGGCUUCAGACGCCCGAGAAGCUGAAGCAAUCGAAAGCAAGAAGUUCAGCUUCAACGGGUUUCUAUCCCUCAUCUGUCGCUGCACGACAUCCUGGGUGCUUCACCGAGUAUGGUCCAUGCUCACGGCGGAGUCCUCCAAAAAGCUCUUGUCUGACUAUGACAUAGACAACAGGUGGAUCCAGCUGCAGCGGAGGAUCAUGAUCUCGCUGCUGGUCAAUCAGCGCUUCUGGGGCCGUGAAUCACGACAAGUCUUGUCCGCCCUGCAGCCGCCCAUGAUCUCUACGGCGGAAGUGCAGGAGCUGCAAGAGCUCAGCCAAGACCAGUGGAAUGCGCUCUUCCAACGAGUUCGAGCGCAGGGUUUGGCGUCUGUGUUACCACAAGGUGACGGGAGUGCGUAA